GAGCCAAGCAGCAUUGUCCCCUCUCUCUGUGCAGAGGCUGAGCAGCCUCUCCCUCUCCUUAGAGACUUGUUUGAUCCUGGAUCUUCAAUUUUCCCCCUUGCUUGCAGAGGACCCAGGAUGUCCUCGAUGUUUGGCAAACCCCGAGCGGUCGCCGAGCGGCCCCCCCAGAGCCCCCUGGCCGAGUGCCACGUGGCCAUCCUGGGGUGCCGAGGGGCUGGCAAGUCAGCCCUGACCGUGAAGUUUCUCACCAAGAGGUUCAUAAGUGAAUAUGAUCCCAACUUGGAGGACACCUACACCUCGGAGGAGCUGGUGGACCAGCAGCCUGUGCUGCUGAAGGUGAUGGACACCGCUGACCAGGAUGGCCCCGGGAACUGCGAGCGUUACCUGCACUGGGCCAGUGUCUUCCUCGUGGUCUACAGCAUCGAGGACAGGAAGAGCUUUGAGGGCUGCCAGCGCUACCUGGAUGUCCUCACCCUGCAUGCCAGGGGCUGCCAACGUCGCUGCCCCAUGCUCCUGCUGGGCAACAAGCUGGACAUGGAGCAGUACAGGCAGGUGCCAGCAGCUGAAGGGAUGUCCUUGGCCAGCAGGUUUGGGUGCCUCUUCUUUGAGGUGUCAGCCUGCCAGGACUUCCUGGGGGUGCAGCAGGUUUUCCACCAGGCGGUGCGGGAGGCGCGGCGCUGGGCGGAGGGCAGCCCCAUCCUCCGGCCCCUCUUGGUCACCGAGGAGCAGCCCUGCCCACUGGUGGCCACCCCGGUGGCCCUGCCCACUCGCCACAGCUUGCCCAGCUGCACCCUCAACACCCUCUCCACUGUCACCUACAAGGAGAUCCCUUCGGUGGCCCAGGCCAAGCUGGUGACCGUCAAGUCCUCGCGGGCACAGAGCAAGAGGAAAGCUCCCACGCUCACCUUGCUGAAAGGUUUCAAGAUCUUUUAGGAUGCUCCCUGGAGGUCCGAGACCCCUUUCACCCCACAAGGGCUCAGACCACCGGGGAGGGACUCGUGGGCCAAGGGUGGCCCUGGUUUGUGGCUGUGGGGACAAUUCAGUGAGCAGGUGGGAUGCUCAGAAGCCAAAAUCAUCUCUGGGAUCUCCCUGCCUGCCCCUCACCCCCGUUGCAAGCUCUGCCACCCUGUUAGGACCCUGUCCUGCCAUGGCACCAGGUCAGCCCGGCUUUCCAGGAGGAUCUGGGCAGUUCCUGGAGCAGCACCAGGAGGGGAAGGAAUGUCCCCAGGGGUUGGGCAGGCAGAGAGGGAAGGGGCUCAUUAAUUAAUCAUUAAUGAAGCAGGGAGGCACCUCUCGGGUUGGUCUCGUGGGUCCCUUGACCCAGCAAUAAGUAGGAGGAAUUUCUAUUUCUAUUUAAUCCAAAUGAGAAAGGUGCAGAUCCUCUUUCAGCCAACUGAAAGCCUCAGGUGUCCCAGACCAAUUCCCAUGCAGGGAAAGAAGCCAGACCAAAAUAGUUGGGGUUUUAACCAACUUUUUACACUGCAGCAUUCCUCUUCAAAGGCUUUGCCCUUUGCCAGGGGAGAUGCUUCACUUGACGAGGACCCGUUCUGA